GAGAACUUCCAAUGGUUGCCUCUUCCCCCAUCUGGUUCCUUGCCGAAGCCGCAUUGCAACGCCCUAAUGGCGGAGCUACGCAACUGCUUGCACGCUGUAGUACCAGCUCCGUUGAUGGAAGACGGAGUAGCGGUUGUUGACCUUCGCGAGUAUAUUGCGAAGAUUGACCGCGAGUACGCCACGCAACGCCCCGUCGGAAUCGUACGGAAUCGGCCAAUUCGUCACGAGAUCAUCCUCGAAGACGGGGCUGUACCUCCGCGCGGAUGUAUUUACUGCAUGAGCGAGGAGGAACUCGAAGUGCUUCGAACGCAACUCGAUGACCUCAUUGACAAGGGUUGGACUCGCCCUAGCUGCUCGCCCUACGGUGUACCUGUUUUCUUCGUUCGAAAGAAGAACAAGGAGCUGCGCUUAUGCAUUGACUAUCGCAAGCUUAAUGCUCAAACCAUUAAGAAUGUCGACCCGCUUCCACGCAUCGACGAUCUUCUCGAACGCUUGGGUGGCGCCAAGUAUUUCUCCAAGUUGGACCUCGAGGUCGGUUACCACCAGCUCGAGAUCCAUCCAAGAGAUAUGUACAAAACCGCCUUCAAGACACGGUACGGGCACUUCGAGUGGGUUGUAAUGCCAUUCGGCCUCAUGAAUGCGUCGGCCACCUUCCAAGCGGCAAUGACAACGGAGUUUCGCGAUAUGUUGAACCGGUUCGUGCUCAUCUACCUCGAUGACAUCCUGAUGUAUAACCGAACUUUGGACGAGCACAUCGUGCAUCUACGUGCUGUUUUGGACAGGCUACGCACGGCCAAGUACAAGGCCAACCGAGCCAAGUGCGAAUUCGCACAGCAAGAGCUCGAGUACUUGGGUCACUUUGUGACGCUGCAAGGCAUACGUCCGCUUGCGGACAUUGUCGAUGAAGGCAAUAAAAAAGAGGAGUAUGGGCGUUGGGAACGAGAGCCGCAGCGGUUACAAACCUUAUGCAGCUCAUUUCUGCAUGAGGACGAAGGGGUUAUAGUCCUUGGGAAGCCACAUGCUGGCCUUGCGUGGGAGCUUUUGCGCGCCGGGAACCAUGUAUUUGCGUGCGAUGGAUCGUCGAAAGACAUCGCAUAUUUGACAAAGGUCAUCGAAAUACUCGCCAAGGAUCCGAGAAACGAUUGCACCAUCGAGAAACAUAAGAGCACACAACGCUCGGACAGGGACAUGUACCACAAGUUGGGGAAGAAGAGAGAAAAAAUGUGGGAGUACUUGUUCCAGGGCGACACCAAGACCGCAUUCCAGCACGAGUACAUCUAUCGUAAAGCGAUGGCACAAGAAGCAUAUGGUGGUUACCACAAGGCGGAGGUGGGGGCAUUCGCGUUGUUUGUGGCGUGAUGCGAAGAGCUAAAGUUUAUGAGAC